GUUUUCUUUUUUCAGGCCGCUCCAUUCUCAACGGUUUUGAGUUUGAAUUCGGAUAUAAAAUAAGCGAGCUGCGAGGGCGUGGUGUUAGUUCUGUGUCGGUGACGCUUCUGUGUGUUGAGUGUUCUUGGGAGCCAUUUCAAAAACAGCCACCAUGAAGGUAUUCGUUGUGCUCGUCUCCGCCCUGGUUGCCUACGCUGAAGGCGCUGCGAUCGGAGCCCCGAUGGCCAUGAUGAGGGCCCCGCAGUUCGACUCCGCCACGAUCGAGCACGAGCGCCUCGGCGGGAACUUCGCCUACAAGACGAUGGAGGCCCACGCCUACGCCGCCGUCAGCCCCGUCAUCGAGAACGUCCCCACCCAGGUCGGCGUCAGCUACGCCCACAGACCCAUCUUCGGACAGGUCACCUACCAUGAGCCAGCCCAAGCCACCGUGAUCACCGCUCCCGUGGCCGUACCCGCAGCCGCCCCUGUCUACGCCACCCCCGUAGCGGCCGCCCCUGUCUACCCCGCCGCCGCCCCGAUCUACGCCCCCGCCCCAGUAGCCGCCCCCCUCUACCCCGCAGCCCCCGCCUUCCCGGCCGCUGACUCCCCAUCCAUCCCCGCCCAACCAUCCCCUGCCUUCCCCGCUCAACCAUCCCCAGCCCAACCAGCCCCCGCUGCCCCGGCUCAAGAUGCACCCUCUUUCCCAUCUCAACCAUCCCCCGCCUUCCCCGCUCAAGAUGCUCCCUCUUUCCCCUCUCAACCAUCCCCCUCUUUCCCCGCUCAAGCAGGAGCCCCAUCUCAGGACGCCCCCGCACAAGGUGCCUCUUCCGACGAUGACUCCAUCACCGUAGAAUCCGCAUAAAUGUAGAAAACAUUCACCGCUGGAACUCUGCCAUGCUCAAGAAGAACGCCGUAUGAGCCUUCAGACGUUGCUAAAUUUCCUUUGAUAAAAUACGAGUUUUCAUGGAAAGCUGUGAAUGUUUUCCUCCCAAUUUUUUGUGAAUUAUUAAAAACUAUCUAAAAUUUUGAGGGGAAACGUUCAUAACUCUUCUUGAAAAUAAACAUUUUAUCGAAGGAAACUUGACAAACCUGGAAUGUUGAUACGACAUUUUUCCUCAGCACGGCAGAACUCCAUUGAUCUCGUCGAUAAUGUCGCAUUUACAACACCCCACUCUGGAUCCAAGUAAAGUGCCUUUUUAGGGAGAGUAUGGCCAAUGGACGAUCCAUUUCUGAUUGGCUUAGCCAUAAUAGGCUUUGUGAAGCUCUUAGGAUGAAAAAAAUGGUGGACGUAGCAUGCAGUUGAUUCAAAAAUAUAUAAAGAUGAGGUUAUAUUUGCUUGUAUUAACGUCAAUUUUGCUUGAGCUAUCUCCACUAAAUCCAAAUCUCUCUGCAAAGGCACUCUACACCUAAAAAGGCUCGUCUGAUGAUCACUGUAUACAAACCACCUGAAUAUUUGAAUUUACAAGAAUUGUGUUCUUUCGGAUGAUUUUGUCAAACUUGGCCUCCUAUCAUCUUUUGCAUAUCUGCUUUAAUGUAACACAGACUCAGGUUUGGAAUACCAAAUGGAUAUCCUUUUGGUGAUGAGUCUAUUUCGUGUUGGAGAUUGAAGCGAACAUAAAAUGCACUAUUACUGUACAAAAUCAUGCGAAAAACUUGAAAAUGAAUAUUCACACGCCAUAGCCAUGAUUUUAUUGCACGUGAUCUCCACCUUUUAGUGUAAAUACCCACCAGUCACUCGAAGAAUUUUAGUGUUCAAGUAAAACUGCCAUAUUUGAUGAAUAUGAGCCAAACUUCUCACUUAACCAGAUAGGAAUUUGAGACAAUUUCAAUGAGAAUUCCAUCCAUUUAGUGGAAAGGCUGAAAUGAUUGGAUAGCCUCUGUAAUUUUGUGAGUUUCAUGAUCUUUGUAAUUUUCGCCUGACUUUUUCGAUACUGUUCUCAACACUCUAUAAAAAAAUAAAAACCAGAAAAAAAUUGCAAAAUCCACCGCAA